GAAGCCAAAUCUUUUGUAGGUGGUGGGGGUGGCCACAUCCCUAGCGUUUCUGCCGCGGGUGGAAGAAGCUCUUCAAUCGUCAUCCCCAUUUCCACUCGUCUUCUGCCGAUAUGGUCUUGGUUUUGGCUCUCCGACUGCAAUCUCCUCCACCCUUUGCCACCUCGAUGAACAGCUCAGCUUGCUGGCGCUUCCCGGUUCUCGUCGGAGGGCCGUCGGUGGUCGGGCCCAGACCUGGUGUUCGGCUGUUCAAAAACGACGCCGGUCCCUCAGUACCUUCCAAAGGACUAAGAGACCAUUUCGGGAGAUCAGCUUUCGGAAUUUCCAAGAGAUGUGCAGGUGCUUUGGCAAUCUUUGCAGCAACUCACUUGGGGUUCUUCCAUAGUACAUUAUCGGGUGGAAAUGGAGUUAAAUUCAUUGCUCAAGCAUCAGGAGGUGAAGCAGCAUCUACAUCUUAUACAUGGCCAGAGAAACAGAGACCACGAAUCUGCAUUUUAGGUGGUGGAUUUGGGGGACUAUACACAGCUCUUAGGUUGGAAUCUCUUGUCUGGGCAGAUGACAAAAGACCUCAGGUUGUGCUAGUAGACCAGUCUGAUAGAUUUGUUUUCAAGCCGAUGCUGUAUGAAUUGCUAUCGGGAGAAGUAGAUGCAUGGGAAGUAGCACCUUUAUUUACAGAUUUGCUGAAGAGUACCAGCAUACAGUUCAUCAAAGAUAGAGUAAAGUUGUUGCAUCCUUCUGAUCAUUUGAAUCAAUCUACCCCUGAUCGCGGAAGCACAUUAGGAGGAACUGUUCAUCUUGAAAGUGGAGUUAUGAUCGAAUAUGAUUGGCUGGUCCUAGCUUUAGGAGCUGAAUCUAAAUUGGAUGUUGUUCCUGGAUCUGCUGAAUAUGCGUUGCCAUUCUCAACCUUGGCAGAUGCUCAUAAAGUUGAUGAACGCUUGAAGAGUUUGGAGAGGAACAGAUUUGGAAAGGCUUGUUCUCCCAUUUCCGUAGCUAUUGUUGGUUGUGGCUACUCAGGAGUGGAGUUAGCUGCUACUAUCUCAGAAAGAUUAAAGGAUAAAGGAAUAGUUCAAGCAAUUAAUGUUGAACCAACCAUCUGUCCUAAUGCUCCUCCUGGAAAUAGAGAAGUUGCACUAAGAAUUCUUCAAUCUCGGAAUGUCCAGCUUUUCUUGGGAUAUUUCGUAAGUUGCAUAAAAGAGACUUCAAGUUCUGAAGAUUUGACUAAGGUGACAGCAUCCACAGAAGUAGGCAGUGGUGCUUCAACUGGCGGCGAGAAAUUCAUUUUAAACCUUCAACCUGCUCAAAGAGGCCUUGGAAGUCAAAUUCUUGAAGCCGAUUUGGUGUUGUGGACAGUAGGGUCUAAACCUCUCAUUCCACAGCUGACAUCGACUGAUUAUUACAGUGGAAUCCCACUGAAUGGAAAGGGACAAGCUGAGACCGAUGAAACUCUCCGUGUAAGAGGGCAUCCCAGAAUAUUUGCAAUCGGAGAUUCAUCAGCUCUGAGAGAUUCUUCUGGCAAAAUACUUCCGGCCACCGCACAAGUUGCUUUUCAGCAAGCGGAUUUUACUGGUUGGAAUCUCUGGGCUGCCAUUAAUGGUCGACCUCUGUUACCAUUUAGGUUCCAAAACCUGGGUGAGAUGAUGACUUUGGGAAUGAAUGAUGCUGCCAUCUCACCUAGUUUCAUUGACGGACUCACCUUGGAUGGUCCUCUUGGUCAUGCAGCGAGGAAGAUAGCGUACUUGAUCCGAAUGCCGACCGAUGAGCACCGGUUAAAGGUUGGCGUGAGUUGGCUUGCCAAGACUGCCAUUGAUUCUAUUGCCAUGCUCCAGAGCAGCAUUGCUAAAGCCAUUACAGGCUUGUCGUAAACUGAACCAUAUAUAUAUAUAUAUAUAUAUAUAUAUAUAUUUUUUUGAUAAUUCAAGUGUUCAAGAUUCACUCAAUUAAUCUGGGAGGUAAACAAUCUUACCUUCCUCCUAGUUCACCUAUUGGUCCGGUCUGGACGGCACGUGUUUUCGGAAAAAAAAAUUCU